UAAAUUACCCUUGCGGAAAAUAACACGUCCUCAGCAACACGCUGCUUUUUGUGUGGAGUUAACCCACUAAGUAAGUUCGCGACGCAGGAGGUUCAGAACUACUUGACUGGAACUGUCCAUCUUCAAGUGGUCUUUGUGCGCGUUGAAGCUUCGGAGCAUAGUUUGCUUUGCUUAGCUUAGUUUAGCUUGCGAACGCAGAACAACGUGGUUCGACGCUUGAACAUCAAGUUGGAGCCAAAGUGUGCAAAAUGCGCGCAAUGUUCAAGGCGGAACUUUGUGGCGCAAAAGAUCAGCGACAACAUCAACUCUCGACUGCUUGCAAAAUGCAAGUAAAAGUUGUCCUUCGCAGACUACCAGAUAUAUACAUCAGCCAAGCCCAUCUUCCUGAGCACCGAGAGUCUGCAUGCAUUAAGGAGGAGGAAGAGUCCCGACCCAUCCAAGGUUUCAGCAAAUAUCUUCGUCCUGACGCUCAACAGCUAAAGAGAGAAGUGCAACUUCCAAUCAAAAAGGAGGCGGUAGAACUGCCAUAUGUUAAAGAGGAGGACGAUAUCACCAUGUUGACUGGUGAGCCCUUGAAAAACGAGGAUGGUCCAACUGAGGCCAGCAGAGGGACGGAGCCUCCAAGAAGCAGCUCAACAGAAGGAUCGCAAACACACAUUUUCAUCGCACCAUCAAAUAGAAAUGGCGCUACGUCACACUCACCUUACAAAGAUGAUGGUCAGAAGAAAUCUCACUGUGACGACAAACUCUGCAAAUGCUCUCAUUGUGGGAAAACCUUUGUUAAUAACUAUAGUUGUCUUAUGCAUAUGAGGAGCCACACUGGUGAAAAUCCUCUUGUCUGCUCAGUUUGUGGUCAAAAAUUCACUCAGAAGAGCCACUUAGACAGACACACAAGAACCAACACUGGUGAAAAACCGUUUUCCUGUUCAGUUUGUGGUCUAGGAUUCACUCAACUUCACCACUUAAAAGUACACACAAGAACCCACACUGGUGAAAAACCUUUUUCCUGCUCAGUUUGUGGUCAAAAAUUCACGCAACUUCACCACCUAAAAGGACACACUAGAACCCACACUGGUGAAAAACCUUUUUCCUGCUCAAUUUGUGGUCAAAAAUUCACUCAGAAGAGCAACUUAAAUCAACACGCAAAAACCCACGCUGAUGAAAAACCUUUUUCCUGCUCAGUUUGUGGAAAAAGAUUCUCUCAGAAGAGCGACUUAAACACACACAUAAGAACCCACACUGGUGAAAAACCUUUUUCCUGCUCAGUUUGUGGAAAAAGAUUCACUCAGAAGAGCGCCUUAAAAGUACACACAAGAGCCCACACUGGUGAAAAACCUUUUUCCUGCUCAGAUUGUGGUCUAGGAUUCAGACAUAAGAGUGCCUUAAAAGUACACACAAGAACUCACACUGGUGAAAAUCCUUUUUCCUGCUCAGAUUGUGGUCAAGAAUUCAGUUAUAAGAGUGCCUUAAAUCGACACACAAGAACCCACACUGGUGAAAAACCUCAUUCCUGCUCAGUUUGUUGUCGAAGAUUCACUCAAAUUCACAGCUUAAAAGUACACACAAGAACCCACGCUAGUGAAAAAUCUUUUUCCUGCUCAGUUUGGUCAAAAAUUCACUUGCAAGGAUCGGAUUACGAAACAUGUGUGUUUUGGUGUGAGAAGCAGUGGCCAAUGACUGUUUUGCCUGUCAUCCACACUGCCUUCAUCAGAUUGUGCAAGCAGGUCAAUUUUAGAGUUUCCUCAAAUCCUGUUGAGGAUUGGCAGUAAUGGUUCCUUGUCCAAUCCUUGUAUGAUGUGGAUCCACUCUAUUGCCAAAAGUCUUGGCUCACCUGAGUAACUCUCAAGUUGAGUGGCAUUAUUUAUACAAUUCUCUCCCUCUUUAAGACUACACUUAUCACAGCUAAUAUUUGAAACAGUAGACCCCAAAUUACAAAAAUUGUAAUUCAUUCAUCAAUAACAUAAUUGCAUAAAUAUGGAAAAUUAUGAUUGGCUCACAAAUAUUAGUUUUUUUAGGGUUAGGGUGAUUAUAUAUAAUUUUAAAAAUUACUAUUACUAUUCUUGAUUGACAGUGACAUAUUACAACAGAGUAUUGGGGCCAAAUAAAGGGAGGGAAAAAAAUGACUACGAGAUUAAAGUAGUACUCUUAGUACAAGAAAAAACUUCGGAAAACCACUUAAAUGCAGAUAAAACUGCUGUUGGCACAGUUAUUCCUAUAACACAAACACAUUUCAUUCUAAAUCGUAUUUUUUCAAUGAUUUGCAAAAAUAAAAGUUAACAGAACAACCAGUAACCCCAACCUCCAUCUCCUAUUUUCCCCCCACACAUUUCCUAAAUGCAAAACCUCAAUUUUGACUUCUUAAGAACAUUGGAUGUUCAUUAAAAUAGCGUACCGUGCGUAACACGUCACCUUUGCUCAUUAAUAUUCAUGACGUAAGCAACUGUUGCGGGGGGGUCAAACAUGAAUUGGUCCUUAUGCUAAAUAUUGCAUGUUGUUUUUGUUGUUAUACAAUAUUUUACGAUAGCAUUCUUUCCUACAUUCCCUUAUGAUAUUGGUCUGUUUAUUUUUAUAUUUUUUUCUGCCUUUGUAGUUCUCUGUUUUAUGAAUUCUCUAUAGAGUGCAUUUUUCUUCUUACGAGCGUUUUGUAAUCCCUUGGUGAACCAUGGCCGAUCUUUGUACUUUUGUUUUCUGCUGUAUCAUUGUAUUUGACAGUUUUUAUCAUAUGGGUGGCCAUGGCGCAGUUGGUAACUGGAGUUGUCCUUGGACCGAAGGGUCAGUGGAUCGAUUCCAGGCUACGAUUGCCCACUGUCGAAGUUCCCUUGGGCAAGGCACUGAACCCUGAUUUGCCUCCAAUGGGUUGACAGCGCCUUGCAUGGCAGCAGCCCCAUUGGUGUGUGAAUGUGUGCGUAAAUGGGUAAAAUGUGUGCUACUGUAAAGCGCUUUGGGCAUGUUAACCAUGCAGAUAAAUGCGCUAUAUAAGUACUGUCCAUUUACCAUGUGAAUAUAUUCAAAAAUGUUCCACAUACACAUAGUCAAUGUCAAUUCCAUUUCAUACAUUUUCCCAAUUUUGUGCCAGUAAAUCCUUUUAAAUGAGUCCAGAUUUUCCUCUGUCCUCAUUCACCUGUACUUGACAUUCUGCUCUGGCAAGUUUCUUAGCUGGGUGCCGUUAUAAACUGUAUUACUGGUAGGUGAUCACUAAAAUCGUUAAUUAUCUGUACGCUUAGUGUAUUACUUUCAAUGUCACUGCUGAAUAUAUUAUCUAUUAAAUUGGCACUAUGGGUUGUGAUUCGACUCGAUCUGGUGAUUUUUGGAUACAAACUUAUACUGUACAUGUUAUUGAUAAAUUCAUCAACCGCUUGGUGCUUGUUCGGAUUGAGCAAAUCAAUAUUGAAAUCCCCAACAACAUGAACACAAUUUUUUGAACAGCUUUUGAAAACAUUUCUCCUAUCCAGUCUCUGAAUGUUUCAGUACCAGAGCCUGGUGCUCUACAUAUACAGCUGAUUAUGACAUUUUUGCUUU